AAAGAUAAAGAUAAAGAUAAAGAUAAAGAUAAAGAUAAAGAUAAAGAUAAAGAUAAAGAUAAAGAUAAAGAUAAAGAUAAAGAUAAAGAUAAAGAUAAAGAUAAAGAUAAAGAUAAAGAAAAAGAUAAAGAUAAAGAUAAAGAUAAAGAUAAAGAUAAAGAUAAAGAUAAAGAUAAAGAUAAAGAUAAAGAUAAAGAUAAAGAUAAAGAUAAAGAUAAAGAUAAAGAUAAAGAUAAAGAUAAAGAUAAAGAUAAAGAUAAAGAUAAAGAUCAUGAUAAAGAAAAAGAUAAAGAUCAUGAUAAAGAAAAAGAUAAAGAUAUACAACUUACCAAAGAAAUAUAUAAUAAAUUGCGGAAAAACUACAAUGAUCCUGUAAAGACUUAUGCUGCCAACGCGAUCGCAUUUUUUCCGAAGAGUGAUCGGAAAUUGCGUCGCAAUGGCCGAGUUUAA